AUGGCGAUCUUCUCACAGCUAAACUUCAAUAAUCACAAGAAAGAUUACUCUGAUGAUAAAGAAAUGAUGUUCCUAAAUCAUGAUGAGAAAUAGAAACUUUAGGAUCCUUGCGAGCAAUAUCGGAGGCGAACUUAAUAGGCGCUAUGGCCCUUCAACCACUAAAAGGAACGAGGAUUCAUAUAAUCUGAAUGAUUCAGAGAGCUACAUGGUACCUCCGAUAGAGUAUCUUACUAAAAAGAUCAAAGCAGGGCAUGAAAGGAGCAACAGCUUAUCUCUCCUAGGCCACCCAAAGCAUUCAAAAACUACACCCUCAAAAGCGAAUUCUUUCUCAAAUCUCGCUCAGCACCAGUCUCAGAACUCUGCUCUAAAGCGUGUUUCACUUGCUAAGCUAAACUGGGUGGAUGAGGACCCUCAAAACGCUAAGAUUCUUCCUGAGCUGUACCCUUCCCAGACCCCAUCCAUGCCUUCCCACACAACUUGAGGUAAGUACUCCUAAGGCAGGCCUUGGCCUGCCUUAGUCUGUAUUAAGCUUAAGAACGAGGAAGG